AUGGCUGUCGCCGUCAAUGGCAAGAUCGCAGACACCCGUCCAACCAAAAUCCCCACAAAGACCACAAAGGUCGAAAAGGCAUACCGAGCCAACACCACCGCAAAACGAUCAGCCGCACCAAACACCAAACCCACCAACCCCCCAGCAGCAUCAACAACAGCAGCAGACAUGCAGCCCCAGCUAGACCGCAUAGCAGCCAGUCCCACCCUGACACCCUACCAGAAGCGCGUCCUCACGCUGCUCUGCCAGGUCCCGCGCGGCCACGUAACCACCUACGCGCUCAUGGCGGCCCACCUGGGCUCCUCGCCCCGCGCGGUCGGCAACGCGAUGCGGCGCAACCCGUUUGCGCCUGAGGUGCCCUGCCACCGGUGCGUGGCGACGGGCGGUGGGCUGGGUGGGUUCAAGGGCCAGUGGCCAAAGGACGGCGAAGGAAUCACGCUUGAUGAGAAGAGGAUGCUGCUGCGCAAGGAGGGGGUCCGGUGGGAUGAUGCCGGGAGGGUGCUGGGGACGCCUUUUGGGGGGUUUGUGUGA